CACCGUCGAUCUCAGCUCACAGAUUGGGGAUCAAGGCGAGAGCCAGCCAGCAAGCCAUUGCCCCAACCAACUCCAUUUACUCCACUCCUACUCCACGAGCUGCACCAAGCUAGCUCGAUCCGUCACUAUAUAAAGCUCUGCAACCCCACGGUCCAGCUUCAGAACAGAGCAUCACUACCCAGUGAGCUUCGACUGGAUCAUAGCUAAAGCUAGCGAGCAGUGAGCACCGAGCAAUGGGGAGGCGCGGGUGGUCUGUGGCGCUCGCGGCGCUGGCCGUGGUGCUGGCCCUCGGAGUGGCCGCCGAGGGGCGUCGCUUGGAGAAGGACGGCUUGGGCGGAGGUGGUGGCUUUGGCGGGGGCGGCGGCUUUGGCGCCGGGAUUGGUCAGGGCGGUGGUGUCGGGCUUGGGUUCGGAGGUGGGAAAGGGGGCGGCCUUGGGGGAGGUGGUGGUCUCGGAGGAGGCGGUGGUGCUGGUGGGGGCCUUGGUGGAGGGUUCGGGAAGGGCGGCGGCGUUGGGAUUGGGUUUGGUGGCGGGAAAGGAGGAGGUUUAGGUGGAGGUGGUGGUGGUGGCCUCGGUGGAGGAGGCGGAGGAGGUCUUGGCGGAGGGAUUGGACAUGGCGGUGGGCUUGGAGGUGGCAUCGGAAAGGGUGGUGGUUUGGGUGGUGGCAUCGGACAUGGCGGUGGGCUUGGAGGUGGAUUUGGAGGUGGAAAAGGUGGCGGAUUAGGCGGAGGGAUCGGGAAGGGCGGUGGGCUUGGAGGUGGCAUCGGAAAGGGUGGUGGUUUGGGAGGUGGCAUCGGGAAAGGCGGUGGGCUCGGUGGAGGAAUUGGGCAUGGCGGUGGGCUAGGAGGUGGUAUUGGCAAAGGUGGUGGUCUGGGCGGAGGAGGUGGUUUCGGCGGUGGUGCCGGUGGAGGUGGUGGUCUCGGCGGAGGCGCAGGAGGUGGUGCCGGUGGUGGCCUUGGAGGUGGUUCAGGUGGAGGAGGAGGACUCGGUGGUGGCGCAGGAGGAGGUUCCGGUGGUGGUCUUGGAGGAGGUGCCGGUUCCGGUGGUGGACUUGGUGGCGGCGCGGGAGGAGGUUCCGGUGGUGGCCUUGGAGGCGGUGCGGGAGGAGGUUCCGGUGGUGGCCUUGGAGGCGGCGCGGGAGGAGGUUCCGGUGGUGGCCUCGGAGGCGGUGCGGGUGGAGGUGCCGGUGCAGGUGGUGGGUUCGGUGGCGGCGCAGGAGGAGGUGCCGGUGGAGGCGGCGGACUUGGCGGUGGAGCUGGUGGAGGCGGAGGCGCUGGAGCCGGCGGCGGCUUUGGAGGAGGCAAGGGCGGCGGUUUCGGCGGCGGUAUAGGCGCAGGCGGCGGCAAAGGUGGAGGCUUCGGUGGAGGUGUCGGCGGCGGCGGUGGUGCAGGUGGUGGCGCCGGCGGAGGAUUUGGAGGAGGCGCUGGCGGUGGUGCGGGGGCCGGAGCAGGAGGAGGCUCUGGUUUCGGCGGCGGAGCUGGCGCCGGCGGUGGCGGAGGAUUCGGCGGAGGCGCAGGCGGCGGCGGUGGCAUCGGUGGUGGGCAGUGAGGUCCCCGAUCGAGUCGUCGCGGUCGCUUAGCUGCAUGCAGGCAAGACGUGCGUGACGUGAGGCGGAUCGACGACGCGCGAGGCAGAACAAGACCAAUCUUGCUAGUGUACGUACGUAUGGAAAAUCAACGAAUAAUUUGCGACAUUCCUUUUCGUUGUGUCUGAUAGUAUUAAUUUCAUUAUAUUUUGGAAGACAAUAUAUGCUUCCACUUGUACGCCGGCAAAAUAUACUCUAUAUACAGAUUAUAUUAUUAUAUUA